UCAGGCUCCUACAACCUUGGUUCUAAGUCUCUUCUGGUGGUUCUUUGGUGUGGUAGCAACAGUGAUGGGUCAAAGAAACAAGGGAACAACACUACUCCAAACAAGAGUAGUGAAAGUGGGAGUGGUGCUUGAUUUAGGUGGGGGAAUGGUAGGAAAGAUGGGUUCAAACAGUAUCAGAAUGUGUGUCAAUGAUUUCUAUGAUUCUCAUCCUUAUUACAAAACUAGGCUCCAACUUAUCCUUAGGGACUCCCAAAGAGACAUUGUUACCGCUGCUGCUCAAGUUGUAGAUCUCAUAAAGAAUGAGCAAGUGGAAGCUGUGAUAGGACCAGUUACAACAAUGGAAGCCAUGUUUGUGAUCAACCUCGGAGACAAAGCGCACGUGCCCAUUGUCACGUUCUCAGCAACGAGCCCUUCUCUCUCAUCACUCCACACCCCAUAUUUCUUCCAAAUUGCUCAGAAAGAUUCAACUCAGGUAGAAGCCAUCAGCGCCAUUAUCCAAGCUUUUCGGUGGAAAGAAGUGGUUCCAAUUUACGUGGACAACACUUAUGGCGAAGGACUCAUUCCAUGGUUAACUAAUUCACUUCAAAAAGCAUACAUCCGUGUUCCUUAUCUGUCUGCCAUUGAUUUCUCAGCCACAGAUGAUGCCAUUGAAAGAGAGCUCUACAAGCUCAUGACUAUGCAAACUAGAUUAUUUGUCGUUCACAUGACACCCCUUCUUGGCUCUCGUCUCUUCGCCAUUGCCAAAACCAUUGGCAUGAUGGAUCAAGGCUAUGUUUGGAUUGUCACCGAUGGAAUGGCUAAUUUCUUCAACUCCUUGGACUCUUCAAUUAUGGAAUCCAUGGAAGGUGUCUUGGGUGUUAGGCCUUACAUUCCAAGAACUAAACAGUUUCUUGAUUUUAGAGCUCGAUGGAAACGACAGUUCCUAAGAGACAAUCCAACACUUGUUGAUAUCAAUCUGAAUGCUUUUGGAAUAUGGGCCUAUGAUGCUACCACCGCAUUGGCCAUGGCCGUUGAGAAACUUGACAGCACCCUUUCUGGCUUCACUAAUGUGAGCAAGAACUCAAGCAAUGUGACUGAUCUUGAAAACUUUAGCGUUUCGCGAAAUGGUGAGAAGCUGAGAGAAGCUUUGUCAAAUGUUAGAUUCAAAGGUGUUGGUGGUGACUUCAAAUUAGUUGGUGGUGGGGAGUUACAAGCAUCAGCAUUUGAGAUAGUUAAUGCGAUUGGUAACGGGGAAAGAAACAUUGGAUUUUGGAUGCCAGAAAAGGGACUAAUUAGAAAUAUGAAUGCCAAAAAUGCAACAACUGCAUAUUCAACUUCUAAGGAGAAUCUAGGAACAAUUAUAUGGCCAGGGGACUCCUACUGUGUUCCAAAGGGAUGGCAGAUUCCCACAAAUGGUAACAAGUUAAAGAUAGGGGUUCCAGUGAAAGAUUGUGGCUACACCGAAUUUGUGAAAAUAAUUCAUGACCCUAUUACGAAUUCUAGAAAGGUCACUGGAUUCUGCAUUGAUGUCUUCAAUGCUGUGGUAGAAGCCUUGCCUUAUGCCCUUCCAUUUGAAUUCAUUCCAUUUGAAAAGUCCAACGGUGAGAUGGCAGGAACUUAUGAUGAUUUGAUCACCCAAGUUUAUUAUGGGAAGUUUGAUGCUGUGGUGGGGGAUACAACGAUUACGGCAAACAGGUCCAAUUUUGUUGAUUUCACGUUGCCGUACACAGAAUCUGGUGUGACUAUGGUUGUUCCAGUAAGAGACAACAGAAAGAAGAAUGCAUGGGCCUUCUUGAAGCCAUUGACAUGGGACCUUUGGGUAACAACAUUUUGUACAUUUGUAUUCAUAGGAUUUGUUGUUUGGGUUCUUGAACACCGAAUCAACAACCAUUUCAGAGGGCCUCUGCCUUAUCAAAUUGGCACUAGCUUGUGGUUUUCCUUUUCAACCAUGGUUUUUUCUCAUCAGGAGAGAGUGGAGAGCAACUGUGGAAGAUUUGUGGUGAUUGUAUGGGUUUUUGUGGUUCAAAUUUUGGUUCAAAGCUACACUGCAAGCCUUACCUCUCUCUUAACAGUUGAACAACUACGCCCAGCGAAUACUGAUGUUCAUCAACUCCUAAAGAAUCGGUUGAAUGUUGGUUAUCUGGAAGGUUCUUUUGUUCGUGGAAUGUUGAAGGACAUGGGAUUCAAAGAUGAGCAGCUCAAGGUUUAUAAUUCCUUAGAAGAAUGCAAUGACCUCUUCACCAAAGGAAGCGCCAAUGGCGGCAUUGACGCGGCGUUCGACGAAGUCCCCUACGUGAUGCGCCUCCUUGAGACUUAUUGUUCCAAGUAUGCCAUGGUUGAGCCAAGAUUUAAAACUGGUGGCUUUGGCUUUGUGUUUCCAAGAGGGUCACCUCUUGUGGGAGACAUAUCAAGGGCAAUAUUGAAUGUGAUGAGACAAGGAACCAACAUGAGAAGAAUUGAGAAUGCAUGGUUGAAUGGAAGCAGUUGUAGAGAUUCUAAUACUAAUGCACAAGUAUCUUCUUCUACAAGCCUAGGACUCGAAAGCUUCUGGGGUCUAUUCUUGGUUGUAGGUGUUUCUUGCUUAUUAGCACUCAUAAUCUUUUUAGCCACAUUCCUAUAUCAGCAUAGACAUAUUUUGUCAAAUCAUAAUCGUUCUGAUAGUUCCAUUAAAAGACGUAUUGGAGUGUUACUAAACACCUUCAAUGAGAGAGACUUGAGCUCUCACACUUUCAAGAAAAGUGAUUCAAGUGUAACUAGUAGUCCUACGUCAGUAUUAGCAAGUACACAUUGCCCUCCAAUUAGUCCAUCUAGUUACACAGAAUCAAACUUUUUUAAAAGUCCAGACCCACAUCGUUAUUAUGCUACUCAUCAACACAAAGCCACACAAGAACCUGCCCCCAUUACAAACAACACACACACCAAAUCUCAAGCCACAGAGAUUCCUCUACAAAUGUAGCAUUAUUACCUAAUCAUCUUAUCUUAUUAUGUAGUUUUGUGUCAAAUAAAUGUCUAAAA